AUUUCAGGAUAAAAAUAAAAUACGGUUUUGUUCUCUCUUCCUCCUUGUUGUUUCUUUUAUUUAAGUGCGUGAAUGAAAUGGUUAUUUUAAACAGGGCCUAUUAUUUCCUAUAUUGAAUUUUUAAAAUCCACUUGUGAUCUCAAUAGUGUUCAACGUUACGUUGCAUCGUGUUGCGUUAAUUUCAAGUGAAAUGUGGUCGAUGACAGCGUGAAAACGAUUGCUACAAUUGACAAGCGCAAAGGAACACAGAAUAGUGUACUCACGGAAUAGACAAGAAAAAAAAACAAAUCAAAAUAAAAAAUAAUGUGAAUAGCAGCCAUUUUUGUAGCUGACACACUGUGAUCUCUUUACGUGAUUAGUAUAAUUUUUUUUAUUACAUUAUAUGAUAUCUGUUUAGCCAGAUACUUCACUGUAUUUAUGCGAUAUUGAGGAAGAUAUGAGUUCAAUGAAUGCAUCAAAUGCGCGGCCGCAGAUGCCGCUACGACAAAAGGACUUUGAUCAGAUAUGGGGCGACCUACAGGAGGGUAUCGAGCAGGUUUACAAGAGGCAGCACAUGGAAAAAAAACGAUACAUGGAUUUGUAUACUCACGUGUACAACUACUGCACUUCGGUCCACCAUCAGGGCGCCAGCAGUAGUUCCACCAGCCGAGUGUCCAGUAACAAUGGCGCCGGACGAAAUAGCUUCGGCAGUGGGAAGAAACAGAGCGGACAAGCGCAGGGCGGCGCACAGCUCGUGGGACUCGAACUAUACAAGAGACUGAAAGAGUUUCUCAGGAUUUAUCUCAUCAAUUUGCUUCAGAACGGUGCAGAGCUAAUGGGUGAAGACGUGCUGGCAUUUUACACCAAGCAGUGGGAGGAGUACCAGUUCUCUUCGCGAGUGCUCAACGGAGUCUGCGCCUAUCUCAACAGGCAUUGGGUGAAGCGCGAGUGCGAGGAGGGCAGGAAGGGUAUCUACGAGAUCUACCAGUUGGCGCUAGUCACGUGGCGUGACAAUCUAUUCCAGCGUUUGAACAAGCAAGUCACGAAUGCCGUUCUGAAACUCAUUGAGAGGGAGCGCAAUGGCGAAACUAUUAACACUAGAUUAGUUUCUGGGGUAAUCAACUGCUACGUGGCCCUCGGUCUGAACGAGGAUGACACGUCUGCCCGCGGCCAGAACCUGGUCGUCUACAAGGAUACCUUCGAGGCUGUCUUCCUCGAGGACACGGAGCGGUUCUACACCAGGGAGAGCACAGACUUCCUCAGGAAUAACCCCGUCACCGAGUACAUGAUCAAGGCUGAACAGCGUCUGCAGGAGGAACAGCGUCGUGUGCAGGUGUACCUGCACGAGACCACCAUGGAGCGCCUCGCCAAGACCUGUGACAGGGUGCUCAUUGAGAAGCACCUCGAGAUCUUCCAUGCUGAGUUCCAGAAACUGCUGGACGGCGAGAAGAACAGCGACCUGGGCCGCAUGUACCUGCUGGUGGCGCGCAUCCCGGACGGGCUGUGCGAGCUGCGGCGCCUGCUGGAGCAGCACAUCCACGCGCAGGGGCUGCAGGCCAUCGACAAGUGCGGCGAGUGCGCGCACACGGAUCCCAAAGUAUACGUCUCGACAAUAUUGGAGGUGCAUAAGAAAUACAACGCUCUCGUACUCGUCGCAUUCAACAAUGACUCCGGUUUCGUAGCCGCACUCGACAAGGCCUGUGGAAGGUUUAUUAACAGUAAUGCAGUGACAAAAGCGGCGAAUUCAUCGUCGAAAAGCCCCGAGCUGCUCGCCAAGUACUGCGACCUGCUGCUCAAGAAGUCCAGCAAGAACCCCGAGGAGGCCGAACUAGAAGACACGCUCAAUCAAGUGAUGGUUGUGUUUAAAUACAUCGAGGAUAAGGACGUGUUCCAGAAGUUCUACAGCAAGAUGCUCGCCAAGAGACUCGUUCAGCACAUGUCGGCCAGCGAUGACGCUGAGGCAUCGAUGAUCUCAAAACUGAAGCAGGCGUGUGGAUUCGAAUACACGAGCAAACUACAGAGAAUGUUCCAGGACAUAGGUGUAUCGAAGGACCUGAACGAGAACUUCCGCAAGCACAUGUCGAGCAGCUGCGAGCAGCCGCUGCACAUCGACUUCAGCAUCCAGGUGCUGUCGUCCGGCUCCUGGCCCUUCCAGCAGUCCUCCUGCUUCCAGCUGCCCACCGAGUUGGAGCGCUCGGUGCACAGGUUCUCGACGUUCUACUCGUCGCAGCACUCCGGACGGAAACUCAACUGGCUCUACAACAUGAGCAAGGGGGAACUCGUCACCAACUGCUUCAAGAACAGAUACACGCUGCAGGCCAGUACGUUCCAGAUGGCGGUGCUGCUGCAGUACAACGACAACACGUCGUGGAGCGUCAGCCAGCUCGAGCAGCACACCGGCAUCAAGGGGGACUUCCUCAUACAGGUGCUACAGAUCCUGCUGAAGGCGAAACUGUUGGUGUGCGCGGACGACGAGUCCGAACUGUCCGAGUCGUCCGUCGUCGACCUCUACGUAGGAUAUAAGAACAAAAAACUUCGCGUGAAUAUCAACAUCCCGCUGAAGACGGAACUUAAAGUAGAACAGGAGGCCACGCACAAACACAUCGAGGAGGAUAGAAAGAUGCUUAUACAGGCCGCGAUCGUGAGGAUAAUGAAGACCCGCAAGACUUUAAAGCACCAGCACCUGGUGGUUGAAGUCCUCAAUCAGCUGUCCUCGCGAUUCAAGCCGAGAGUCCCCGUCAUCAAGAAAUGCAUCGACAUUCUAAUUGAGAAGGAGUACUUGGAGCGCACGGAGGGCGAGAAGGACACGUACAGCUACCUCGCGUGAUCGCCGACACACUAUGUAAUAAAUGAUAUAUAAACAAUAUUAUGUAACA